CUCACGGAGACAUGCAUAGGUACCUCUACUGUAAGGUAGAGGUAGAGGUAUAUUAUAGACAACGGGACCUCCCUUCUCGAACCAAUGCAACCAUCUCACCCCCCCCAAGUAUCACAGCGUGACAACCGCACGACAAUCCCAAAGGGAACUCACCAACAUGGCUCCCACUCCAGAUCUAAACGUUCCUCCUUCCCCCUCCACCGUAUCGGUGUCCAUCAUCAACUCAACCGGCACCCUCCAUGGCGUGCCCGCCAAAUCCUUUGUCUCUCCUCCCCAACAUGGACAUGACUGGCUCGCAGCCCCCAUGUUCGCCUUCCUCAUCCAGCACCCUGUCACCGGCCGCUCUCUCCUCUUCGACCUCGGCAUGCGCAAAGACAUUGAGAAUAUGCCUCCCAAGUUGCUUCACCACUUUGGCGAAAUCGGGUGGACGUUGUCAGCCGAGAAGAACGUUGCCGAUAUAUUGAAAGAAAACAAGUUUGACGUUUCGAAAGUGGAAGCGGUGGUUUGGUCCCAUUACCAUUUCGACCACAUCGGCGAUAUCACCACCAUCGGACCGCAGGCGGCCUUGAUCGUCGGACCGGGGUUUAAGAAGGGGUUGAUGCCGGGGUACCCUACCAACCCGGACUCGCCGAUCCUUGAAGCGGAUUACAAGGACCGGGAGUUGAUCGAAGUGGACUUUACCUCGGCCGCUUCAGACGGCAAAAACUGGAAGCGCCUGCAAAUCGGCCGCUUCCCAGCAGUCGACUAUUUCGGUGACGGCUCUUUUUACCUCCUCGAUGCCCCCGGCCACGCCAUCGGACACAUGUGCGGCCUCGCACGGGUGACCUCCCAACAAACAGAUGGAUAUGACAGCUUCAUCUGCCUAGGCGGCGACGCCGUCCACCACGUUGGCGAGAUCCGGCCCUCAAAAUUCAAGCCUUUGCCCGAGGAAGUCUCUCCCAACCCUUUCCUUCCUCUCUCGGCCGGUUGCGACAGCAAAUGCCCCGGCGCGGCGCUUCAGAAGCUGCUGCCCAACCCUGAGCUACCGACCAAGAGCUUUUACGAAGCCGCGAGGGGAGAGGCCUGGCAUCAUGAUGUGGAGCAGACAAUUGAUACGGCGGGCAAGCUGCAGGAGCCUGACGCGCUGGGUAACGUGUUUGUGGCAAUUGCACAUGACGACUCGUUGUUGGACGUGGUCGAUUUUUACCCGGCAACGAUGAACGACUUUGUGAAAAAGGGGUGGGUACAAAAGGGACAUUGGAGGUUCCUUCGGGAUUUCAGGGAUCGUUUGACGAGCAAGGAGAGGGGUGGUGUUGAGACGGUGGAGUGGCCGCAUAAUAGGACCUGGGGACGUGUUGAGAAGAAGUCGGCCUAGAUAUUGUUUUGAUAGUUUUGUGCGCAAUACCCGAGGAUAGGUAGAUGUUAGUGGCCUAAACACGCCUUUCGCUCCUUUGUUCCAAAAGAAGUGCAUUCCACACAUUACCAUCAUGCUCAACGACAUGUCAACCAAAAUUCCCUUUCUUCCCCAGACAAGAAAGACGCAUAGAUGUAGGUACGUAGGUAUCAAACUCGCGAUUUUACCGAUAGAA